AUGAGUAUUCUAGAUACGGGCAAAUCAUCUGGAAAGCCUAGCAAGCAGACUACAUAUUUAGAUAUUGAAGCUGCAUACAAGUGUCUUGAAGAAAGCUAUGGUACUAAGCAGGAAGAUAUCAUCCUUUAUGGCCAAUUUGUUGUAAAUGGCCCCACUUUGGACCUUGCUGCUCGGCUACCUCAGUUAAGAGCUGUUGUUUUGCAUAGUCCCAUGCUCUCUGGCUCAAGAGUCAUGUAUCCUGUAAAGCGUUCAUACUGGUUUGACAUACACAAGAAUAUUGACAAAAUUCCACCAGUCAACUGUCUUGUUCUAAUCAUUCAUGUUUUCAUGCGAGAAAUGAUUUUGGGUAUGAUUGAAAUGAAUGGAUUGAAUGAUUUGAGAGAGUGGUACUGUAGGGAUGGUAGUAGAGUCUCGUCUGUGAUUCUCGCUUACGGUGCACAUGGGAGGGAUGGUAACAGAGUCCGGUUUGUGAUUUCCGCUUACAGUGCACGAGGUAGGGAUGCUGAAUUUGGUGCAAAUGAGGAUCCUGAGCCUGAGGAUGUGGCUCUGCUGGAGGAGUGA